AUGCUAGACCAUCUGAAAGCGGCUGCAAAAAUAACCGGUGACAAGAUGAGUGUAGGGGCACAGAAAACGAAGCAAAUAGCAAAAAUAACUGGAGAGAAAAUGAAGGAGGGCGCCCAGGCAACGAAGGAAGCGACACUUGAUCUGCACGAGGGAGUAAAAGAAAUGCAGGCCGCUAAUGACCAGGCAUACAAAAAGGAGAAAAACGAAGAUGAAAAGAAUAAUGAUCAAAAAGACCAAAAGGAAAAGUGA